GCGGUCUGUGACGUAGAAUGAUCUCAACUUAAAUGCGAACUCGGAUGUUUCGUAAAGGCUUUUAAGACGCUGGAUUUCUGUCCUAAAGGAUGUAUCUUCCAAGUCAAAAAACAUGGGAUAUCCAAGAUGUUAACCUCAGUUAACUAAAGUCAUGACUUUUAGAAUGGUUACAGAUUCAUAUGUUCUGUGUGUGAAUAGGGCUGCGUACUUGUGGCAUACACAAGGCCAGAGGGUUGUGUCAUUCUUACCAUUAUGUAAUCCAUCCUGCCAACUUCAUGUCAAAAGGUCUGUCAGCUACAGAGACAACUAUCACAACUGGAAGCACAGGCACAGUCAAGAGGCCAAAGUCCGUAGGGUAUGCCACUGCAGUACUAGCUCCCUCAAACACAAGAUGUUUCUGAUCACCAGUAUUUCUAGUUUCAAUACCUCAGCCUGCCUUGGGUGUACAGAUCUGAGGCAUCGUAUGUUAAGACUGAAGAACACCUUAGAAUCAGUUUCAAAGGUUGUAAGUGGGACACAAGCAGAAGUUUUCUCCAGGUUAGCAUGGCUCAGACCUAGUGCCAGCCAGGAGACCAGACAGAGGGAAGCAAAUUCAGAGACAGCUUCAUUUACAGAUCAGAGAAAUGGAUCUGCCUUGGCAGCUACACCUGUGCCUGUACCUCAGCCAUCCUCAUCAUCCAUCAGCUCACCCCCACACACAACCUCAGGUUUUCCUGAAACAUCCUCUGCCACAUCUCAGCAUCUCCAGGAACAAAAGGAAACAAAAAAGUCUUUUGAGGUCCAUACCCCAGGAAUGACUGGAACAGCUACCACUGUGGCAUCUGAAGCUAGAUCAGGAGAAUCUGUAUCUCCUUCCAACAGUUCUAUCUCAUCAAAGCAGACCACUCCACUCUUCCAUCCGGGUUCAUUCAGCGUCAACCUAGACGAGACCUAUAAUUACCUGGCACAACAUGUCAAUGCUUAUUUUAGCAGCUUUACAAAGACAAAAGAGAAAAAGAAAGAAGUCCAAACUUAUAUUGAUCAGCAACCCCUACCUGGCCAGAGCCACCAGAAUAGUGACCACAUGCCCACCCAUGUGCUAGCAAAGGACCAGCUGUCAUCUGCAUCAUCUGUGCCUCUGUUACCAGACUCUCCUUCAUCCUCCAAGAAAGGCCUUGGACAUUACAUAGCUUCCUCUGCACCUACAGUACAGGCCUUUGUAGGAAACUACCUUGUCCCCCUUGUUCCCAAGCUUAAACCAGAACCAAAAAGUGGUCUUUCAGAGGCAGAUAAACAACUUCCUUUUGAGGACUCAAAACAGAAGGAAACAGCUGAGAAUAAAGAACAGAGAACAGCAGAGGAAAAAGCCAGGAGACUUCUGCUUCAAAGAGAAAAGAUCAUUGCUCGGGUGAGUGUGGAUAAUCGAACACGAGCACUGGUGCAAGCCCUGCACAGAACUUCAGACGUCAGGCUUUACAUCAGCAGGGUGGAGGAGCUCAGCUACCACCUGCUGGAAUUCCCCGAAACCAGACUGGUUGCCAUCAAGGAGAAGGUAAUUCCAUGUCUGCUUCGUCUGCGGCAUCCCUGUGAUCCGUCCCUAAAGGCUGCGGUCAGAGAGGCGCUCGCCCUGGUAGGCUACACUGAUCCAGUCAAGAGCAGAGGAAUACGCAUACUGUCCAUUGAUGGAGGUGGUACAAGAGGACUUGUGGCUCUUCAGACUCUGCAAAAGCUGGAAGAGCUGUCAGGAAAAUCUAUUUACCAGCUCUUUGAUUACAUUUGUGGUGUGAGCACAGGUGCUAUAUUAGGCUUCAUGCUGGGUGUGUAUCGUACCCCUCUGAGUGAGUGUGAGGAGCUUUAUAGGAAGCUGGGCUCUGAUGUCUUCAAGCAGAACGUUAUUGUGGGUACUGUGAAGAUGGGCUGGAGCCAUGCCUUCUACGAUACUGAGGUCUGGGAGAAAGUUCUUAAGAAAAAAAUGGGCUCUGACCUUAUGGUUGAAACAUCAAGAAACCCUGAUUGUCCUAAGGUGGCAGCAGUGAGCACAGUGGUGAAUAAGGGGACUCCAUUAAAGGCAUACAUUUUCAGGAACUACAACUUGCCCCCUGGUGUGCGAUCCCACUACCGAGGCAGCUGCAGACACAAGAUUUGGGAGGCCGUCAGAGCUUCCACUGCUGCUCCUGGCUAUUUUCAAGAGUUCACACUAGGCACCAACCUUCACCAGGAUGGUGGUUUACUGAUAAACAAUCCAACAGCUCUGGCAAUCCAUGAAUGUCAGUGCCUGUGGCCGGAGUCCCCUCUGCAGUGUGUGAUUUCUCUGGGUACAGGCCGCUUUGAAGCUCCCAGCAAAAACACCACCACCUACACAAGCCUGAAGACCAAGCUCACCAACGUCAUCAGCAGUGCUACAGACACAGAGGAGGUGCAUACCAUGCUGGACGGCCUGCUGCCCCCCAACACGUACUUCAGAUUUAACCCGCACAUGACGGAGGAUGUGGCCCUCGACGAGCGGCGCAGUGAGAAGCUGAGCCAGCUUCAGGCAGAGGGGCUGCGUUAUCUGGAGCGCAAUGAGCAGAAGCUGAAGCGGGCUGUGCACAAGCUUGUACAGGAGAAGAGUUCAGCACAGAGGCUGUGUGAGUGGUUCCGCCUCAGAGUGCACAUGUACGGUGGCCUGUAGGACAUUUUAAACAUGUUGGUAUGCAUGUCUGGGGUUGCUAAAAUGCAUGAACAUGGACCACAUUACAUUUGUUGAUAAAACAUGGUCUGAUAAUAGUUAUAGUCAGAAGUUUCAUUACUGUUCUACAGGAUUAGAGUAGUAUCCUAGGCAAGAAUGGUGAACGUUCCAAUUUGAAUAUAUAAUCUGGAGUAUAUAAUCUGUCACCUGAACUAUCACCACUAUUGAUUUAAUACUCAAAUGCUAAACUGGUUAAGUGAGUGUCCCAACAAUCUGGGCAAAAAUGGAAAAAUUAGAGAAACACUGCCAUGGUUUCUUUCAGAAUUUAAAGAAUGGUAGUGAUCAGGAUUUAUGUAUUAUAUGGGAUUUGUAAGCAUCACUACAUUAAAAGAUACCAUUUACAUAGAAA